GCAGAAGUGAAUGGUCCUUUUCGACUUGCCGGUAUCGAUUUAGGAUUUGAUCCGAUUUUCAUCCUUUUAGCAGCUAUGCUCCUCGAUCGAAGGCUGCAUGCGGCAUUCGCCGAGGUCUCGCAGCUUGAAGCUUGCAGCCACCAGGGGAUCUACGAGCCGCCACUCGAGUAUCCGCUGACGCAGGUGUAUCCUCAACGCGAAUCUAAGUUGGUGAAACCUGAGAAGUUCCCCGAUUAUGACCGUUUGCGGACGAAGUGCUACUGCACUGGAGUGGAUAAGGGUCGAUGGAGCUGGCCGCCCCGGCUCCGGCACGGUAUGCUUAGCCGCCCCUCUGAGGAUAUCGGCAUCUAUAUUUUUUUCUUCUUUUUUGUUUUGUUUUGCUACCUUAUUUAUCAAUAUAAUCUUCGAGUCUAGGCAAAACAGCAAGCGAGGGCUUGGGCCUUAGGCGACGAGUUUCAAGCUUACGCUCUUGUCAGCAUAAGAGUCAAGUUGAAGUCUAGCUCAGACAGCGUGAACCCCUUGAUAAACUACUGUAAGUCUCUUGGGUACUGGAUAGCACUCUUCUAUCUAUCUUGGAGACAGCUUGUCCCCUAUCUUUGAGUUUCAGUGAGACGCCUUCAAGCCACCAAAAUUCGAGAGACAGCCCAACCGGAGCGAAGGGUCGCGGGGGGAAACUCGGGAGUCGCUACACCAAGUUAGAUGCACGACUGAGGACCACGACUAGGGCGGCUAGGGGCUGCCGGGCGACAGGUCGACACGGAACGAUUGGCCCGAGAGCACAGCGCGUGUAGCGUGAUUGCUUGGUGAAGUUGGUCUUGGGGGACUUGGGAUGAACAUGG